AUGAAAGUUAAUCCGGGCGACGCCUACUAUCCUUGGUUGUCGAAGGCGCACUUCUUGACUGCGUUAUUGUUUAGCUCUGCACGACUACCAUUUUCGGAUGUGCAGAAGAAAGCCGUACUCAGCUGGGCCAAGGAGCUGGGUGCCCAUGAUGUCCCGUCUCUCAAGGCUGUCAAGGAGUCAAACGAGCACAUCUGUGAACUUGUCGGCAAUCCAAUGCGGAAAGUAACUUCAGCGUCCGGCAACGUUUUUUACAUCAACGAUAUUUGGCAUGCAAUUGCAAAGGACUACGCGAAUCCACUCACCCGCUUUUCCAUGCAAGAUUAUCCAGAGGAUGGAGGAGAUGGAAUGUCGCAGGUUUUCAAUGGACAGAAGAUGCUGCUAGAACUGCCGUCACCUCCGGCGGCUCGUGUGGAUGGCAAAAUAUAUUUCGUCAACGAACUUCUGCAGGAAUGCUCAGGAGGCUUUUUUGUCCCAGAACGCUUCUUCACUGCCUCGUAUGCACCAGUGAAUGGCAGGGACUCACAGGAUUCGUGCCAGGAGAACAAAACAUAUGCUAUGGGCGUGCGGUACAAUACACAGACGUAUGCCGGUUUCAUCGUCAGUGAUGAACAAGAGAUCGUUCCGGUUUCAAACUUCAGACAUUCCUUUGAGGAUCUCGUGGACAAGCUUGCAUGCGGGGUUACCAUGUCAUCUGAAAAAUACCUGAAGCUCACACCACAUCCUCUACGCGAAAAGUCAAAGGGCCGGAUGGUCUAUUCAGUCCCUCUCAUUAUAUUCAUGGAUGACGUUUCCGGAAAUGUUUCAAAGCAGUGGAAUAAACAUCACGCGAUUUACAUGUCGAAUGCUAACCUACCACGUGAGAUGCUGGAGAAAGAGUUUUGUGUUCGAUUCGUAACAUCAUCACCACACGCUGCGCCGAUGGAAUUGAUGCAUGCGAUGAAGGAGUCUAUCAGUGCAGCCGCAGACUCAGGAAUCUUUGCGUGGGACUGCAAAUUUGACGAGGAGGUCAUGCUCGUUCCUGAAGGUUUAUUUCUUGCGGGGGACAAUCCAAUGCAGGCCGAGGAAUGCAGCCACGCAGGGCUGAAUUGUAAUUACUUUUGCAGGACUUGUCAUGUUGGCGGGACAAAGGAAUACAAAGAGUCUGAGGCUGGAUAUGUUAGUCUUUUUACGGAAGGAACACCCCGAACACCCGAAGAAACGACAUCACAGGUCCUCAAGCAGUUCGAGACCGCAUUAUGUUCAGGAGCCACAGGGAAGGUUGUGGCCGCCGUAUCAACCACUGGAAUCCGGGACUCUACUUCAUCUUCCAUCAUCAAUACGCUUGUUGAAAUGGGCAAGAAGCUACGAAAACGAGAUGUAGGACAGCCAGCAUUACCGGAAUCUGAAGUUCGUGCAAAGCUGGAGGAAGAGCUUUUGGAUAUAUUGCAAGGUAGGACACACCGGGACACAAUCAAUCCCCUUCUAGGGAUGAAUAAUAUAAAUGUUCACAUGGAUACUCCUACUGAGAUCCUUCACACGGUUCUACUCGGCGUUGUGAAAUACUUUUGGGGACAGACUGCAUUUGUGCUCGAGAAAGCUAAACUACUCACUCGUUUUCAGACACGUCUCGACUCACUGGAUAGAGAUGGCCUGAAUGCGCCGUCCCUGAAUGCCGACUACAUUUGCCACUAUAAAGGAGGCUUAAUCGGAAAGCACUUCAAGAGUCUCGCGCAAGUUAUGCCGUUUGUCGUCUACGAUCUCGUUCCGAAAAGUGUUCUUGAUGGAUGGACCUUAAUUGGAGAGUUAGUCGUUCUCAUUUGGCAUACGAAAAUCGACAACACCGAACACUACUUGGCAAAGCUAGCUCGAACGAUAAGCGAUUUUCUCAAUGUGACUGCGCAGUGCGCACCCAGUAUCUUGAUCAGCAAACCGAAAUUCCAUUUUUUAGUUCACCUCCCAGCUUACAUUCGACGUUUUGGACCUGCUAUUAUUUUUUCGACUGAGCGUUAUGAGUCGUUUAAUCAUGUAUUCCGUCUUACAUGCAUUUACAACAAUCGACGAGCUCCAAGUCGCAACACGUGCAUGACAUUUGUUCGCAACGACACUGCCAAGCACAUCGCUACUGGCGGUUAUUGGUAUGACACCCAUACAGAACGAUGGGUUCAUGGUGGCCCACAGGUUCUCACCUACCUUGAACACCAUCCUGAACAAGCUCGUCUGCUUGGAAUUCCUGACCAAAAACUAGCUGAUCCAGGUAUGGCAAAUCCUGCAAUUCAUUCACAGACUGACAGUGCUAUGAUAGGCACAGGGAGAAUUAUAGUGACUGACCAGUCUAAGCACGAAGCCGUUCUGUGGCAAGCGACGCGCUGCGCAGACAUAUUCAAGAAGAACGGUCUCAAAAGUCCUCCUUCUUCCGAGUACUACCAGGGAACUUCGGUAGUGACUAGUGAGCAUGAAACUUCGCAAUUGGGUGGGCAUGUCAUAUUUCGAGACGCGCUUGAGAAGACUCGUAUUGGACGCAUCCGUGAGAUAUUAAUUGCAACAGCGCCUGGGCACUCUGUCGCAUUUGUUGCUCUUCAGACAUUUUCCUUCAUGCCUGCACGCCACCCUUUGCUCCAUCUGCCAUGUCUCCUCCUCACUGACGAGGAACUCAUUGUGUCAGGAACGGAUAUCAUAUGUAUCGCCAAUGUUCAGCACAAUUGUCUCGAUGCAAAAUGCACAGAGUUAACUACCAAGCAUCUGUGGCAAGAGUGGACCCAAACUGACCGAACAGCAAGUGUCGUGAAACACCAAAUAUCGCCACAGUAUCUCCUUAACAUGUUCUCCAUCCAUAACUACCAGCAUCUCUGUUCUCUUCUCCCGGAAUCCCUCUCCGAGACACCAUUGCGCGUUUCAGAUCCUGGAGCUGUCCGAAGAGCUGCUGUGAGACAAAUGCAGGGAAAG